GGUUGGCACAAUAAGAACACAGUGGAAGACUCGCGACAACGAUGCCAUUCUCGGCGCGCAACGAGAUGCGCGUGCUAUGGCGCCUGGCGACGCCGAUCCUUUUUUCGAACCUCGCCACGUUUGGCAUGUCGAUAACGGUCCUCGUCGUCGCGGGCCACCUCGGCCCUGCGCAGCUCACGGCCGUCGCCUACGCGGAGAUGCUCUUUGACAUUACGAUCCUUGUCUUUGCGUCCGGUUUUGUCGUAGGCCAGGCGACGCUCUCGGCACAAGCGUUUGGCGCCAAGAACUUUGCGCUCAUCGGCCGCUACUGCCAAAUGAACUGCCUCUGCGUCACGCUCGCAUGCCUGCCAAUCGGAGUCCUCUGGUGGUUCACUGGCGACAUCCUCCGUCUUGCGGGGGUUUCGCACGCGACAAUCGAAUUUGCGAGAGAGUAUGCGCACUAUUCCACGCCGUGGCUGUGGCCCCGCCUCGUCUUCCAGGUGCUCACCGUCUACUUCAAGUCCAUGCAGAACGUCAUGCCAGCAGCCGUCUUUGCCAUCGCGUUUGCGGUGCUUAACGUUGGCCUCGUCGUCGCUCUUGUGUUUGGCCUGCCGCACAUGAGCUUUCGCGGAUUCGGGCUCGCCGGCGCGCCGAUCGCACUCACCAUCACGCACUACAGCCGCCUCGUUGCAUACGCCAUCUACAUGUUUGGCCACCAAAAGUACCACGUCUCGUCGUGGAGCUGGGAUCGUACCUUUAUGAACCGUCCACGGUACCUUACGCCAAUGCUCAAGGUCGGCGGCCCCAUGGUCGUCGGCAUGCUCGUCGAGAACCUCCAGCUUCAGAUGAUGGCCAUCUUUGCCGCCAUGACAAGCGAGGUCGCACUUGGCGCCAACAACUCGAUGAUGGAGCUCAUCUUCUUCCUCACGUCGCCGAUUUAUGGCAUUAUUGACGGUGGUUCGACGCGCAUCGGCAUGUACCUCGGCGCGGGCAAGCCCCGGGCCGCUAAAGCCACGAGCCACUUGGUGUUCUACGGUAUCUUUGGGCUCUCGGUGCUCAUCGUCAUCCCGUGGCUGUGCGCACGCAAGAUCAUUGGCAAGCUCUUUUCGAGCGAUCCCGCCAUCAUCGACAGUCUGACGACCAUUAACACGCUGGCGGCGGGCGGCUACAUCGUCCUUUCGCUCUUCUACUAUGCCAUGACCACGCUGCAGGCCCAAGCACGGACGCUGCCAAUCAUGAUCUCGUUCCUUAUCGGUGCUUGGCUCGUCGGUGUGCCCAUGGCGUAUGUGUUUGCAUUUCCGCUGCACCACCAGCUCUACGGUGUGUGGCUCGGCAUGAGCCUCGGAUAUCUCGUCACGACAGCGUUCGGCGUAUACUAUACGACCAAGUCCAACUGGCCCGACGAAGCGCGGAAGGCCGUCGCGCGAAGCAAAACAAAAGACAGCGACGAGUCCGAGCCGUUUCUUGCCGACUUUGAAGCCACAAAAGUGCUCGAGGAGCCUCGCCCCGUCGAGCCCACCGCGCCCGAUUGGGAAGAUUGA